UAUAUCCAACUAAGAUCACCGGUCAGAAAGUCAUUCACUCUAUUGAACUGUGCUGGUAGCAGUAAGGUGUCAUCUUUUGAGAUGGACACAGUAUCCAAUACACUGAAGUCACAGGACUCAAAUUUCAUACAUGUUCACAGAGAGCUGGCUGUCGCCAUUGCUAGAGCUGCCAGUCAAGGAGAGGAUUAUUUGAUUGAAUUGACAACCCAGAUCUGCAUAAUUAUUAUGCUUCCAGACUGCCCCUGAGAUGUUUCCCUAUGUAGAAUUUCCUGUAACAGAGGUCAAGGUUAACACAGACCUCCACUUUCCAGGGGCCGGGUGUCUGGUGGUGUCCUGUAAAACCGACUCCAAGGUUACAAAGAAAGAGACGGCAGUCCGGUACUUUAGUGAGUGGAACAGGAAUUGUUAUUGGUGUAUCAGACAAAGGUAGAUUCUCCACAUAUUUCCACACUUUGAUGGAGGUUAAUCUGGUGGUGGCAGAGUUGCGAUAUGAGGAUUAAUUCAAACCUCCUCCCAGUCUCAGUCCUCCUCCUCCUCCUCAACUCUGGAGACUGCAUCCUCUUCUUCUCUACAUCCCCUCAGCUGUCCCACAUCUUCUGCCAAGAGGAAGAAACUCAAAGCAAAAAGAGAUAAAGAGAGAGGAGGAGCCGUGCCCAAGAGAUCCACCACUGCUCAGCGGAGGAGCCGUGCCCAAGAGAUCCACCACUGCUCAGCGUACAAGUGAGAGUGACUCCUCCAUGUCUCUGAGCCAUACGUCUUCUUCAGAUGUGACUCUGUCUUCUUCCUCGGCCUCUGCUUCUCCCUCCACCUCUGGGACUUCAUGGCCACUGCCGGGAGUGAUCCUGGAAAGGGGGAUUCUAGUGGAACUAAUGUCAAAAUGGAGGAUAUACUGUGGUUACACAGAGCUGUCACUGUAUCCAAAAUCCUCAGGUGCUUGGGAUUCAAGGAGAAGCAUGGGAGACGUUUUCUGAAUGACGCUGUAUCAGAUGCAGCCAUUACUCUGAGUACCCCCUCUGUGUCCAGUCGUAUGCUGGUGAUCACAGGAAUUCCUCCGAGUACCUCCCCCAACACAGUCACCAAAUGCUCAUGAUAAGCCUGGAAAAGGGAAACCUUCUAAAAAGUCUCCAAGGGUCUCCAAAGAGAAAGUGGUUUGGGGAGUUGUAGAAAACUAAAGAUAUUUUAUUUAUGGCAAUUAGGAACUUUGUGUAGUAAUGUUUACUCUAUUGUUUCCAUGGUAUUUGGAUCCGGGCCACAAUUAAAGGGUGAAGGUCAAAUUGCUAAAAUGUAGCGCAUGUAGGAAAUUCAUAUGCCUCCCUUUCAAUGAUAAAAAUAAAAAUAGCUCACAUGUUUUAGAUACUUUUUGGGUAUAGAAUAAAAGUAUAGUGUCUAAAGUUUACAAUGAUAUGAAGCAAGGUGCAUUUCAAGCGAAAAUUAUGCCUAGAAAUAUGAAUUGAAAAGAGCAUUCAUUUGGUUUGUUUACACUCUUUUUGCCGAGUGAGAGCUAUCCUGAGGUCAUGACGUCAGAAGUUUAUUAAUAACCAGGGAAUUCCACAUUCAACACCCCUAUUUCAGGAUGUGAAUAUUUAUCUGACACAUUGCUGUAUCAUGUCAAAGAAAUUUUGGAAGCAAAGAUUUUUUAAAAAGUUACAAAGAAAAUAAAACAAAUGUUUUUACUAUAUAAGUCUAUAUGUAAGCUAAUUGUGGUCAAGGUCCA